UGAUUCAACCCAAUGAUUGCAUUUUUAUUAUAAAUCAUCAUUCAAGUUGUUUUUUUCAUACGAAAAAACACCAUUACCCAUAAACCCACCCGAUGACGUCGUAAACCACAGACUUCAAGAUGGUGCUUGAAAGUACUAUGGUCUGUGUGGACAACAGUGAGUAUAUGCGCAAUGGAGACUUUCUGCCCACCAGACUACAGGCCCAGCAGGAUGCAGUUAAUAUGGUUUGUCACUCUAAGACUCGCACCAACCCUGAAAACAACGUGGGCCUCAUCACCAUGGCAAACAACUGUGAGGUGCUGACUACGCUGACACCAGACACAGGCAGGAUACUGUCAAAGCUACAUGCUGUGCAGCCUAUCGGGAACAUUAGCUUCUGCACCGGCAUCAGGGUGGCACAUUUGGCGCUGAAGCACAGACAGGGCAAAAACCACAAGAUGCGCAUUAUUGCUUUUGUUGGCAGCCCGGUGGAGGACAAUGACAAAGAUAUGGUCAAAAUGGCAAAGCGUCUAAAGAAGGAAAAGGUCAAUGUGGAUAUCAUUAACUUUGGAGAGGAGGAGAUGAACACAGAGAAGCUGACGUCCUUCAUAAACACACUGAAUGGCAAAGAGGGAGCCGGCUCCCACCUGGUCACAGUGCCUCCAGGGCCCAGUCUGGCUGAUGCCCUGCUGUCCUCACCCAUCCUGGCUGGAGAGGGGGGGGCUGCCUUGGGCCUGGGCGCCGGAGACUUUGAGUAUGGAGUGGAUCCCAGUGCAGACCCGGAGCUGGCCUUGGCUUUGAGGGUGUCUAUGGAGGAGCAGAGACAACGACAGGAGGAUGAAGCUCGCAGAGUCGCUGUCGCAUCCGCUGCUGAAGCUGGCAUUGCCUCUCCUGCUGCUGAUGAGUCUGAGGAUGCCCUGUUGAAAAUGUCUGUUCCCCAAACAGAAUCAUCCACACCAGCUAUCCCAGACUUCAGCCGCAUGACAGAGGACGAACAGAUCGCCUACGCUCUGCAGAUGUCCAUGCAGGGAGAAGGAGCAGAGUUUGGUGCUGAGGACAUGGACACAGGAGCUGACAUGGACUCCAGUAAGGCUACGGAUGAAGAGCACUACGAUGUGAUGCAGGAUCCUGAGUUCCUUCAGAGCGUCCUGGAAAACCUUCCUGGCGUAGACCCUAAUAACGAGGCCAUCCGAAACGCCAUGGGCUCUCUGGCAUCUCAGACAGGCUCCAAAUCUGACACCAAGAAGGAUGGGAAAAAGAAGAAAUGAACAUCCAAAGAGACAACCUUAAUAUAUAUAAAAAAAACAGAACAUUGCACGGCAUGUGUCAUUACCAGUACUCUCCUCAGUACAGGAACCAUUUAGUUAAAUUUCUGUUUAUAUAGCUCUGUUAACUGUACAAAUAUUCGCCUUUUUUCAACUUUAAGUUAAAGGACUGCUGUGAUUUCAUUGUUUUGUGUCAAGCAGAUAUGCUUACUUUUGAAUAUUUUGUAAUAUAAGCACUGAGUAAAUGAGCAGAUUUCCUCAAUAAAUGUACAGAAUACAA